AUGCCUGUCGGAGAGGUCGUGCAGCCGUCGAUCACAGAGCAUGACUUUGUCGAGAGUGCAUUGAGAACGACAGCUCUUCGGCCUGAUGGGCGCAGGUUCUUCCAGUCUCGGCCAGUACAGGUGAAUUUUAGCGAACGCCUAGGAUGGUGUCAAGUUCAAUUGGGCGACACAAUUGCUGUGGCCUCAGUUGAAGCAGCCCUUUCUGAGCCACGAAGAGACCGUCCGUACGAAGGCCUUGUCCAAAUUCAUGCUGAUAUUUCCCCCAUGGCUGGCGUGGAGUACGACAGCGGAGGGAUGUUCGGUGCGUCCGAAUCACGUGAGCGCGCUGCCCUGUUCGAGCGUCUGCUAGAGCGUGCAGUGCGCAACACAGAGGCCGUAGACCGCGAGGCUCUCUGUGUGAUUGCAGGCAAAGUUGUAUGGUGCGUGAGCUUGACGGUGCAUCUUCUCGCCGACCAAGGCGCAAGUGUGGAUGCGGCUGUUCUGGCUAGUAUGCUGGCUUUGCGUCAAUACCGGCGGCCAGAGGUCACUGUUGAAAAUGGCGUUGUAACGGUACAUUCAUCCGAUGAACGGGUUCCCGUGCCACUCGCGUGUCAUCAUGUUCCAUUGUGUGUUUCGUAUGCUGUGUUCUUAUUGGAACCAAAGACGGAACAGGAGCACGCUUUGCUUCAAGCUCAGUCACUUGCAGUUACCGCACGUCAGCAGCAACAGCUGGCAAUGCAGGUCGACGAUGCGCCUGCUAAUGCCAUUGCCGUCCCUGUUACUCUUCUUGACCCUUCACUUCUUGAAAAAACACUUGCGCAUUCCACCAUUACGUUCGUCAUGAAUGCGCAGCGCGAGAUCUGUGUCUUAGACAAGGCGGGAGGUGCAUCUCUCCCUUUUCAGACCAUCUUGGCCCUUCUAGACAGCGCGGCUGCGCGCGUUCAGGAACUAUCUACGCUCCUUGAAUCAAAACUAGCAGAGGAUGCAAGCCAGCGCGUUGUCUCUGUGUCUUAG